AGCCUAUCUGGAAAAUGUGGUGUCUUGUUUUUGCUCUGAUGUUGGCAAAACUCGGAAGUCAAAAAUAGUGCACGACACUCACUUACCCACUAUUGUGACAGACUUGGUUGAAAAAUCACUUGAUUUGAAAUGUCUUGAUGCUGUUGAGUUGCAUAAUGUGUUUGCCCAUUGUCCCAAGUCACUUGACAAACCAACUAGAAGUGACCUGCUAGACAUAAGAAAUGCUGGUAGGAGACGGUUGGUUUCUUAUGUAAGGCAAUAUGCUUUAUGUCCUCCUACAGAAGUUCCAGGAAAAUGCAGUAGACAAAAACUCCGGACGUUUACCACCCGUACAUCGAUUUCAAGAGAGAAAGCUAAAGUGCAGAAAGCUACUCGUUUGCUGGAAAAUGCAUAUGCACAUGUGAUUCAUAGUGGAGUUGCCCUUGCCCAGACCUGUCCAUUACCACUCGCAAUAGCAAUGGGCAAGGGUGAAAUUCGCCAACGACCCAAAAGUUCAAUCACGCUAGCGUUUGUCAGGGAUCCUGUUUUGGCACCAAUCUUUGCUACUACAUGCUCUCUUUUGACAGCCAAUCAAACUGCAUUUGACUUUGUUAUUGACUUCCUUCGGGUUCUUCAUCAGCCCCCUCCAUCUCAAGGGGUAUCCCUGCUUGAAUUUUGUCAAUACAUGUGGCAUCAAAUUGUUGUGAAAAUGGGAUUUUUGCGAGGGGCUGGUAGGGUUACUAUUGUCAUUGACAAACCAAAAUUUCUGCCUCCCCCUAGGCAAUUGCUUCAUUCAGUGAGGCAAAAGAAAGUUGGUGUCGAAAGCAAGUCAUCUUAUCAGUUUCCGUCACCGUCUGAGAAAAUGCCUCUUGGCAAAGAGUAUGCCUGUGCCUUGGCAACACCAGAUUUCAAAGCAGUCCUGAUAGAGUUUGCUGCUGAGACAUUCAUGCAGUUAGCUAUGGAAGAGCUUCAUGUUGGACAGUCUGUUUUGAUUGACUCUCCGUCUUUUGAGCAACCAUUGUUGCUGUCACCUGGGGGUAGGUGUGAGAAAUUACCCAAAAACCAGAAAGGGGAAGGGGAUCAAGGUGUUUGGUACCACUCUUGUAAGAGCCCCUUUUCUGCAGUAAUAGUGUUUGCUCAUGAUACGGACAUCUGGAUGGGUGGACUGGCAUUAGAUGAGCCGGGAUAUUUUUCUGACAAGUUGGUAUAUGUUGAGCUAAGACCAAAUUCAGAAUUUGUUACCAUAAGUGGAAUAUCAAGUGUUAUGAAAUCUCACCCUAAUUUGCAAAAUCUGUCGCACCCUGUUGCAUGUCUUCUCGCGGUGUACACUCUCAGUGGUACUGACUACGUAAGCUCAUUUUUGGAGUGUCACAUCAUGGUGCUGUAAAACGGUUUUUGAACAAUAUUUCUUUUAUUUGUUCUGACCAAGAGUUAGUCCUAUUUGAAAUGAGGGAAGAUGGCUAUUUCGAAUUCUGUUCCUUGUCAUUGCCUGCGUGUAUUAAGUUUAUAAUGUGUUUGUACUAUGACAAGCACAAGUCUGUCUUUUCCAGUCAGUCUGCAUACAGCUUAGCUCUGGCUCUCAAAGAUGCUCCUAUCCCUCAUGAGCUUGCACUAGUUUUACAGUGGUUAGGAUAUGCUGUAUCAGAGAACAUGACCGUAUUAACAGUCCGGCAGUGGGUUGAUUUAUUGAGACGCCUGACAUUUCAUGAUAGUAGUGGAGGUCAGAAACAUGAAGCCAAUAUGAUCCCAUCCUUGCCCGCAUUGCACCAGCAUGUACUGCGUGCAGAGUAUGCCAUCCGGUUGGUAUAUGAGAGUCGAGAGGAGACCUCAUCCUUCCUUUCGUAUACUGGCUCUGGCUGGUUGAUAGAUGAAGGUGGUUCUAUUUCUGUUUUGUGGGAUACCAGGCAUGAUCAGAGUAUUUUAAUAAAUGUUUCCUACAGAUGCACCUGUCAGACAGGUUGCAGUGGGAGCACAGGAGGAUGCAGAAGUUGUUUCCAGCAAUGUAGGCCUUGUACCACUAGAUGCAGAUGCAGAGGCAACUGUAGAAAUCCUCACAACAGACAUGGCGUGUGCCCUAAAUGCAAAGAAACUGUAAGAGCGGAUGACUUGCAGUUAGGUUGGUCUGAUGUUGCUGUCAUUGCGUUCGAUUCAGUACCCACACCCUCUGAUAUCGAUGCUUGUGCAUCACUACCACUUCAGGUUCAUGCUCAUGCUGAUGAUACAGAUAGCAACAGCUCAGACACUGAUUUAGAUUUGGAAUGGGAUGAUGGACUGUCAGAAACUGUAGUAAGCCUACAUAGGCAAACCCUUCGUCUGCCCGAGCAUUUUCCCUCCUAUGGGGACAUGGGCCAGAGUGAACUUCAGGCAGACAUUUCUGAUGUCAGUGACGAUGAAGAGGACUGAGGAACUAUGAAGGUAUUGUGAAAACUGCUUUGCUGU